AUGCUCCCCCGCCUCGCAGCACGCAGCCUCCGCUCAGUCGCAGGCCCCUCAAGAACCCGACUCUUCUCCUCUUCCAUCCCCAGAUUAGCAGAUGUCACCCUCACAAUCGACGGCAAGGAGGUCACCGUACCCCAGGGAACCGCUUUGAUUCAGGCUUGUGAGCAGGCGGGCGCUACUGUUCCUAGGUUCUGCUACCACGACCGCCUGGCAAUCGCCGGUAACUGCCGAAUGUGUCUUGUCGAAGUCGAAAGAUCACCAAAACCCGUCGCCUCCUGCGCCAUGCCCGUCAUGCCCGGCUCCAAAGUCUUCACCAACACCCCCCUCGUCCACAAGGCCCGUGAAGGCGUCAUGGAAUUCCUCCUCGCCAACCACCCCCUCGACUGCCCCAUCUGCGACCAAGGUGGCGAAUGCGAUCUCCAAGAUCAGUCUAUGCGGUACGGCUCGGACAGGUCGAGGUUCCACGAGAUCACCGGCAAGAGGGCGAUUGAGAACAAGGACUUGGGACCUAUCGUCAAGACGUCGAUGAACAGGUGUAUCCAGUGCACCCGAUGUGUGCGAUUCGCGAAUGAUGUCGCUGGUGUCGAGGACAUGGGUACCACCGGUCGAGGUAACGACCUCCAGAUAGGCAUGUACAUUGAAAAGACGAUGGACUCGGAGAUGUCUGGUAACAUUAUCGACCUCUGCCCCGUCGGUGCCCUCACCUCCAAGCCUUAUGCUUUCCAGGCCCGACCCUGGGAGCUGAAGAAGACGGAGAGUGUCGAUGUCCUCGACGCUGUGGGCGCCAACAUCCGAAUCGACUCGCGCGGUACCCAGGUCAUGCGUGUGCAGCCCAAGGUCAACGACGAGAUCAACGAAGAGUGGAUCAGCGACAAGACGCGAUACGCCUACGACGGUCUCAAGUACCAGCGUUUGACCACUCCUCUUGUGCGAGAGGGCAACAGGUUUGUGGCUGCUGGCUGGGAGCAGGCGCUCGAGACGAUCCGACAUGGGUUGGUGUCUUCUGGUGCCAAGGGUGAUGAGAUCCAGGCUGUUGCUGGUGCGCUCGCCGAUACUGAGGCGCUUGUGGCUGUCAAGGACUUGCUCAACAAGCUCGGGUCUGAAAACCUCACCCUCGACCAGAACCUCGGCGACGCCCCCACCAACGUCGACAUCCGAUCCAACUAUCUCUUCAACACUGGUAUCGAGAAUGUCGAAGAUGCCGACGCCGUCCUCUUUAUCGGCUCCAACCCCCGACACGAGGCUGCCACCAUCAACUCUCGAUUCCGCAAGUCCUUCCUCCACCGCGGUACCGACUUUGCCGUCAUCGGUGAAAAGUUUGACUCUACGUUUGAGUAUGACCACCUCGGUACCUCUGGCAAGGAUGUGGCGUCCUUCUUUGGCGGCAAGGCUGGCAACUCUUUUGCCAAGAUCUGGAAGGAUGCAAAGAAGCCUUUGAUUGUGGUUGGAAGUGCCGUGACGGAGACCAAGGAUGGGGCUGCUAUCCUCGCCGAGGUUAGCAAGCACGUAUUGGCCAACUCUGAAAAGUUCUUGACUUCCGAGUGGACCGGUUUCUCUGUUCUCCAGAGGGCCGCUUCCCGAGCCGCUGCCUACGACAUUGGCUUCACCCCCUCCGCCCCCGCCUCCCAAACCAAACCCAAAUUCGUCUACCUCCUCAACGCCGACGACAUCGACCCCGCCUCCAUCCCCGAAGACGCCUUUGUCGUCUACCAAGGCCACCACGGUGACCACGGUGCGCAGUUUGCGGACGUCUGUUUGCCUGCGGCGGCGUACACUGAGAAGAGCACGACUUGGGUGAACACGGAGGGUAGGAGUCAGUUGGGUAGGACGGCGGUGCCUCCUCCUGGAGCUUCUAGAGAAGACUGGAAGAUUGUCCGAGCAUUGUCAGAAGUCGUUGGCGAACCGUUGCCGUAUGACACUGCCCACGACAUCCGUGUCCGUCUCUACAACAUCUCCCCCUCCCUUGUCCGAUACGACGAAGUCGAACGCCCUUCACCCGAAGUCUUCAAACUCGGUCUCACCACCCUCUCCUCCUCUUCCGCGCAAUCAUCAGCCGAACCGUUGAAGAAGCCUAUAACAGACUUUUACAGGACAGAUCCUAUUUCCAGGGCGUCGGUGACGAUGGCGGACUGUAGCAAGGCGUUUACGAAGAAGGAGUAUGUUAUUGGGGAUGUGGACUCGGGAGCGCAGGCUAGUUAUGCGUAG